UCACAACAUGAGGAACUGUAUUUAAAGGGCCAGAAGGUUCAGAACCACUGCUCUAGUGGCUCUCACUUUACUCCUUUACUCUCUAAAGUCAGAAUUUAAUUUCUCUCUCUUUUUUUUUGUGUGUGUCAACAUAGACAUAACAUUAAAUUUACCAUCUAACCAUGUUGAAAUGUACAAUUCAGUGGCACUUAGUACAUUUACAUGGUUGUGCAACUAUCACCACCAUCGAUUUUCACCAUAUGUCAUCUUGUCCAACUGAAAUUCUGUGCCUAUUACAUACUAACUCCCCAUGUGCUCCCCAACUUCUUGUCAUCCCUCAAGGAGUCCCGUUGCCUUGCACACAGAGUCCUUCCUACGGGAUCCCGUUCCCUUCUGUCUGAAACGCUCUUCUUCUCCUUUUUGUCCUGGUAGCUACUAAGCCAGUGUCACGUUCUCAGAGAGGCAUCACCGGACAACAAAGUCCAGGCCAGAAGACGCUGUAAAUUCUCUCUAAAAAAAAAAAAAAAAAAAAAAAAGCUUGCUCCUCCCUGAAGAGCGCAUAUCUCGGUUUGUAUCUAAACACGGGUGAUGUAAUUGCUUGAUGGGUGCUCUCACUCUGCCCUCCUCUCUUCGCGUAGUUUUCAGUGUCAGGAGUUCCUCGCCAUGGGCGCAGUGCCUAGCAUAGUGCCUGGCACACAGCAGGUGCUCAGAACUGUUUGAAAGAAUAAAUGGGUGAACUCUGCUGCCCAGUCUCCCUGGAGCCCAUCUGUGAGAGCCUCCGACCCGGCCCGGGGUGUGUCCCUAGACUUUGGCAUCUCUUCCAGGCUGGCAGGAGGCUGUGCUCUUUGGUUUGCCUAUCUCGGGCCGGCCGCCCAGCCGUGCGGACGUCGGAACCCACGCCCGGAACCCUCGCCUCGGCGUGUCAGUGCUGUUUGCUACUCCGGCAGGAAUCGAGCUUAGACCGUGAGGCCUCCUGCCACUUCCCGGCGCGAGAAAUACAGGCCUGGACCUCGGACCCUGCGGGUGUCCUCAUGACUUCUCUUGCGGACCAUGUCCAUGAUCCUCUUUGCCUGUGUGGUAAGGGUGAGGGAUGGACUGCCCCUCUCGGCCUCCACUGACUUCUACCACACCCAAGAGUUUCUGGAAGUCAGGAGACGGCUCAAGACUUUAGCCUUGCGACUGGCCCAGUAUCCAGGUCGAGGUUCUGCACAAGGACGUGACUUCAGUAUACACUUUUCUUCUUCAGGGGAUGUGGCCUGCAUGGCUAUCUGUUCCCACCGGUGCCCAGCAGCCAUGGCCUUCUGCUUCCUGGAGACCUUGUGGUGGGAAUUCACAGCUUCCUAUGACACCACCUGCAUUGGCCUAGCCUCCAGGCCAUACGCCUUUCUGGAAUUUGACAGCAUCAUUCAGAAAGUGAAGUGGCAUUUUAACCACGUGACUUCUGCUCAGUUGGGGAGCAGCUUAGAAAAGAUUCAGGAGGAGCUGGAGUUCCAGCCUCCGGCGGUUCUCACUCUGGAGGACCCAGAUGUGGCAAAUGGGGUGAUGAAUGGUCACAUGCAGAUGCCCUUGGAGCCUGCUCCUAAUUUCCGAAUGGAACCAGUGACGGCCCUGGGUGUCCUCUCCCUUGUCCUCAACAUCAUGUGCGCGGCUCUGAAUCUCAUUCGUGGCAUUCACCUUGCAGAGCAUUCUUUACAGGUUACCCAUGAGGAAGUUGGAAAUAUUCUGGCUUUUCUUAUUCCUUUCGUAGCCUGCAUUUUCCAGUGUUACCUGUACCUGGUCUACAGUCCAGCCAGGACGACGAAGGUGGUGCUGAUGCUGCUCUUUAUUUGCCUGGGCAACGCGUACCUGCACGGGCUGAGGAACCUCUGGCAGAUCCUCUUCCACGUGGGCGUGGCUUCUCUGUCUUCGCACCAGAUACUGACGAGGCAGCUCCAGGAGAAGCCGGCUGACUGUGGAGUGUGAGGAACGGGCCCUUCAUCUUUCACAUGAGGGUCAUCUGUGUUUCCCUUUUGGCUUCUCGACUUCACCUCCAGUUUCCAUCCUUGAAGUUCAUUUUGACCAGACGGGACUGAGCGAGAUUGGGGACUUCUGACAGGUGCAGUGGAGGCAUGGGGUCACUCGAUGCCCAGGCCCCGUUUCGAGCUGAGCGUUACUGCCGGCUCUCCAGUUCGGCACGUUUACCUAGGACAGCAGACGCUGGGCUGAAUUCAGACAGAGCGUAUCGGAAGACCAGAAGGGAAUUCUUCUGGUCUUUUAAACCGAAUGAUGCAAUAAACCACUAGAUUCAGUAGUGCUAGUUUUAGUGAUAGGCAGUUGUCUCUGAGGAACCGUGUUCAAAUCCAUAUCAGCGUUUUAGUCUAAAUGUGACUUGAUUAGGUUUUUUUGAGGGUCUGUACAGGGUGAAUUAAAAACUUAAAAAUAUGGUUCAUGAAUUAAGCAACAUAAAUUUUGUUUACAUUUUUGAUAACAGGAUAGUUAUCAAUAUGAUACUUUUAGAACAGUUAAAUAUAUUUUGGAUAUAAAUUGAACUUAUCUACAUUUAGGGUAAGGACAGACUUAAGCUGAGAAAAUGGUUAAGAAAGCUCAGUUUAUUUAAUUUAUAAAUAUAACCUUGUAUGGUGGUGGGCCAGUGUGGGUAUGGCGAUGUUUUGUAUGUAUGUGCAGGGCAUAUCUGAAUAUUUUAAAAAAUUAAUUGAGCAAGAUUCCUUGCCAUGGGUCCGGAACUGGAGCAGGGGAGCCACACGGAUUCCCACGGGCGCACUUUUCGGACGCCGGUGGGAGAGGCUGCUGCCGGCAGCCUUGCACGUGGCAGCUGGGGCCUGUCAUUUUAAUGAUGAACACUCGACUCUGUGUACCUGUUCCCAGAAGACCUCCCAAAUUAAUCACUCCUCUCCGCCUUUCCCAGUCACCUUAGUUGGAUCAAGGGCCUCAUUUUUUAUGAAUAAGAGUUAAGUAGGUGUUAACUUUUUAAAAACUUGACAAAUAUAGAAUUAACCCAGUGCUCAGAAAACCUUUUCUUUAUCUCACUGUCAAAAUACUGAGUAAUCAUCAUUCCCCCAAAACCUGGCUCUGAGUCUGAUCUUAGCUUGUCUAGGACCAUCCAGGGGCCAGUUUGGAAGCUGCCCCUAGAUUGUUGUUGGUAGAAGUCUGGGAUCCGAAUAGCUCAGCCACAGUUGUAUGGGAUACUUUGAGUGGAAUUAUGUAGUCUUGAUAAGUUUAAAAAAAUCCUAUUUUGGUAGUUUUUAUAAGUUGAAAAGCAGUGCAAGAGGUAUUGUGCACAGGAGAAAGCAAGGAUAUUGUUUCAGUGGAUUCGCCGUCCUUGGUUAUUCCUGGUGGUGUGUUGCUACUGAGCCACCUUGGUAUCACUUUAAGAAAAACAAGUGUAUGUGGCUGGGAACUGUUGGGGAACUGUUGCCAGAGUGAUUUUAUUUUCUUAUAAUGGAAUUUUCUAUUUUUACUCAAAUAAAAUAUCUGGAUAUGAAAGUCCUACUGGCAACACCCUCCGAUGGAAACUUCAGCGUUGUCUCUCUAUUGAUUUUGGAUCUGCAUAAUUCUGGCACAUCCAGCAGGUAAAUGUUCAGCCUUUCUGGGAGAUCGUUUUGAGGAGAUGGUGAAAUAGAGGGGGAAGCCAAGGAGGCCAGACAGAUCCUUCUAUGGUAGAAGCACAAAGAAGCUGUAAAAGUUGGUAGAACAGCUUAUGAAUGACUUGUUUUCUUUUUGAGCCCAUGUGCUUGCCCUGCAGCCCCGAGCCCCAGAGGCCUUGAGCGUCUGAGCCUGUGACCCACUUCCAGCAAGCAUUGCAGGCUGUGCUGAGGGGUCCCCCUCCUGGGAAUGCCCCAUCAAACAUUACAGGCUGUGCUGAGGGGUCCCCCUCCUGGGAAUGCCCCAGCAAGCAUUGCAGACUGUGCUGAGGGAUCCCCCUCCUGGGAGUGCCCCAGCAAGCAUUGCAGACUGUGCUGAGGGGUCCCCCUCCUGGGAACACCCCAGCAAGCAUUGCAGACUGUGCUGAGGGGUCUUCCUCUUGGGAGUGCUCCCUGCAUUAGCCGCCAUGGUCUCCACACUUGAAUGACUGUGGUCUUGGGGUUUGAGGUUUCCUUUUGCGAGUUAAAGGGAGAAGAGGACCAGCCAAGCAGUACAAACGCAUGACCACACACACACUGUUUAACUGAAAUCCAGCUGAGAGAGGCCUCAGCCCACUGGAGGGAGAAACUGCUGAUAGGAAAGAAGGACUGGAGAUUUCAUCCAAGGCCAAUCCCAGCUCAGGGGUGACUUGGUCCAGGCCUGAAGUUUUGAGGCCCCCCCCCCGCCCCACACCUCACAGGGUGAGGUCUGGGACAAGAUGGAAUGAAACCUCACAAGUGCCUUCUGGUAUCAGCUGCUGCAAGAUCAGGAGCGUCAGUGUUGUGUCCUGUCGAGUGUCCUGGCGAUGCCGUGGGGGAGGCACGGGGACUCUGUUGCUUUCCGUGUCCCCGGCGAGCCUGGCUGUGACCAGGACCCUUCCGGGCGGUCCUUUUCCUGAGUGGAGAUAGUCGGCACCUUUGGGGUGGGAUUCCCUCUGGUACUAGAGGCCCCUCUGCCUGUGGCAGGAGGAAUGUGAACGCUGUGGACAGGCACUGAGUCAGGGCCCAGCAUUUUAAAGGUCUUUGAGGGCUGUGAGAAGGGUGUUUGGAGGAGUGCUGAAACGAAAACAUUUAAUCAUCAUUUCAUCAUUUCUAUCAACCUCACCUUGAGCUCCAUUCUUUUCCCAGAUGCCCUUCUCCAGUUCUCCCCUCCUCUCCACCUCUGCCCCCCACUCCAGCCCCGGCCACAGAGGCUGACACUGGACCCUGGAGGGAUGGGAAAGGCACCUUUCAUUGUAACUGGUAGAGUGCGUACAGGAGCUUCAGAGAGGGCGCAGGCUGUGUACCCCAAGGGGCUUCAGCACACUCCUGGGGGUCUGGUCUCGGAGGGAAGCAUCGCUUUGGUGGUGAGCACUGCUCAGCGUCAUAGACGACCACCAGCCAGGCUGGCCAUUUGGGGCGCGGGAAGCAGGGGGUGGGAGAUCAGAGCUGGGGGCUCUCUGUCUGCUGGAAGACAGCAGCUGCCCCUUGGCAUGGGGAGGCUGCGGGUUGCACCCCCAUCCAGGGCUGCCAUUGGUCGUUCCUCAAAGGAGUCGGCCGCUCAUUGUAACUGGAGGACAGGUGGCCCUCAGAGAGCCCGCCGCUGGCUCAGUCAACACAGGCGAGGCCUGAGGACCGGCAGGGAUGGGGGUAAUGGCUGCGACCAGACGUGUGCCCCGCUCUGACGGUUCACAUUCCAUUGUCCUGCACGGAGUCCUGCCCAGGUGCAGGGGAGCUCCACUGUGCCCUGAGUGUUCAUAGAGGAGGAGCAGGAGAGAGCAGGCGUGCCCUUGAGGGGUGAGGCUGGGGAAGCGGCACCACAGUGGGUGAGUCACUGCCCGCCGGCCCCAGUGUCCUCAUCCGGGAGAUGUGAUAACCUCAGCCUCUCCCCUGGCGUGCUUUCCUGAGGACAAAAGCGCAGCGAAGGAGGAUGCUGGGCGAACCCAUCCGUGUGCAGGAGGACGGCUUUGAGUUCACGCGCUGCACAGAGAUUCUGUGCCUGCUUCAGGUGGCGCAGCACAGCCCUGUCUUCUGGCCUUUACUAAAAGGGGCAUUUUAUGGCACUGCCAUGUGAAUGGCCUCAUUCUCCACCCCCCAAAAGGUAGCGGCCUCUCUUCCGCCCCCUGGACCUGGCCCCUGCCUUCCAGGCUCAGAGCCCUUGGCACCAUGGGUGUUGGGUCCUCCAGGAUUCAGGGGGGCGGAAGCGGGGGGAGUCUGCUGGUUGUGGUUGAGACCUGUCCUAAGACCCAGAGACCAAACCUCAAGGUCUGCCCCCGAACGAGGAGCGCUCUGCUUUUCCCGUGUGGGAGCAGUGAUGUCAAAUUCUGUUGCUGGGGCAACGUCAUUGGCAGGGAACCUGUGGAAACGGGCUUGUCAGUCAAAUCUGGGAAUGGCCGGAUAUGGAAACAUCUGGCUGUGUGUACCGACGGCGGGGCUGUUGCCCACAAGCGCCUUGUAUUUAGGGUAAACUUACCAAAUCCAUUCUGUCCCUCCAACCUGUGCUUGGUACAUAUGACCUUCCCUCCCCUUUACGCCUGUGUGAUCCUGGGGUUGCUUCAGAAGUAGUGUUUAAUGCGUUAUUCACAUGACCCCCAGGAUUCUGUUUUGUUUAAUGGACUUUUCUAUUAAGAGCAUAAACGAUGGAGGCUGACUGGGUCAGGGCAACCACAAUUCACAUAUUCCUUUUGAAUGCUUACUGUUUCCAUGUAAUAACAAGGACCUAUUUUGACCAAAUGAUGGGUACUUUUAACAAACUUCCGCACAGCAGUGAAGCCUAAACUUGUGUUCAUGUAUGUGGAGAAUGUUGUAUGGCAUUAUAUACUGUGUAUAUGUACAUUAAACGAGGUGGCUUCAGGCGUGGGGGGAGAAUAAAUCCAAGGUGCUUAUUAA